AUGGUUCAGGAAGAUCGAGACAUUAGCUAUACAUCUAACACACAAUAUGAGCGAAAUCGACUGGAUGUUUAUUAUUCAAAUAAUGGUGCACAACGCGAUGUUCUCGUAUUCUUUUUUGGUGGCGCAUGGGAAAGUGGAAGAAAAGAAACCUAUAGAUAUAUUGGACGAAACUUCACUCGGAAAGGUCUAGUGACAGUAGUUGCUAAUUAUAGUUUAACGCCUGCUUCAAUUUUUACAAUGGUUCAAGAAUGUGCUGCAGCUGUUAUGUGGGUAUAUCAAAACAUUUCCGCCUACGGAGGCAAUCCUAAUCGAAUAUUUCUAAUGGGCCAUUCAGCUGGCGGUCACAUGAUCGCCCUACUUAACUCUGAUCCACGGUAUUUUCGCCCAUAUGGACUUAGAAAUCCAAUUUACGGAAUUAUUCUACUUGAUGCAUUUGGUCUUGAUAUGUACGAAUAUCUUAGUCAGCCGUCGUCAAGAAAUGAUAGAUACUACAAUACAUUUAUACAAGUGUUUUCACUGGAUCCAAGAAAUUGGAAACGAGCUUCGCCAAUACGUUAUAUAAGAAAUAUAAGGAAUCCGCAUUUGAUUUUAGUUGGUGAAAGAACUUACCCAUCAAUUCAAAUGCACAAUCGACAUUUCUUCGGGAUUUUGAGAAAUUCUCAGCAAGCUCCUGUCGAAUUCUAUGAAAUUCCACGACGCAAUCAUACGGCAAUGGUUGCUUAUAUGUAUUUUAGUAGAAAUCAACAAUAUGAUAUUAUUUUAGAUUUUAUGCAAAGAUAUUGA